AUGUACCUUACCAUGCCGUCUCCCCUCUUCCCCGCCUUCUGGACUUCUUCCUCUCCUCCCUCACCGAUCGCGGAGGUCCUAUCCAAUAAUUAUCUUCUCUCGCUCGUGCUGCGCUCGCUAACGCGCGACUCCUUCCAUUACGCGCUUGUCUCCAAGCAAUGGUACGCCGUAGCGCGCUUCUCGCUCACGCACCUCCGAGUCAAUUCCAGGAUCCAAUUCUCCGUUCUCCUAGACACGAUUCGCAGCUUCUCCUCCCUCACGCACCUCGAGCUUCGGUACUGUCACGUUUCGAAUCCGAACGGCGAUGCUUUCUUCCAAUGCGUGGGCGCCACGUGUCCGCAUUUGACACAUUUGACCGUACACUACCAGGCUCUCCUGCACAUCACGUGCAACGGCCUCUCGUCUCUCUUCCAUGGCUGUCGCAAGCUCCGCGACCUCUGCCUGCUCACCUUCAACCACCUCACGCACCUCCCGCCCGCCGUCUCUCUCCUCUCCGACCUCACAACCCUCCAUCUCUGCCGCCGCACUGGCGACGAUUACUUCGAGCAUCUGCUUUUGCCAACCGAAAGCAUCCGCGCGCUUCAGCAGCUACGGGAAGUCCGCUCGAAUACAGGGUCGCCGUUACAAGGACUCCCGGAUUCCACCAGCAGCCUCGCGCACCUCCCCAGCUCGAUUGGUCUCUUACCACAUUUGCAAACCCUAGACAUUGUGAUGGGUGUGCAGUCAAUCCCGGAUUCCUUUCAGCAUCUCACCAGCCUACGUUCCCUCUCGCUGCAGUCCCAGCAUUUAAUGUGCCUGCCCGAGCAUGUGAUGGGGGCGAUGACGCGAUUGGAGGAGCUUUUCCUUCGCUGGGGGUCCCUCCAGACCCUCCCGGACACCAUCUGCUCCCUCCCCCUCUCCUCCCUCUCCAUCGACGCAUGCCCUGCACUCACCUCUCUUCCUGACAAUCUCGGAUCCCUGGCACACCUUGAAACCCUAGCGCUGGUCAAUCUGCGCAACCUCUGUGCUCUGCCCGAGAGCGUGGGCAACUUACAGCGAUUGAGGAGGUUGAGAAUCGAGAGUGUGCGUCUGCUGCAGCUGCCGGAAAGCCUGUGCACGGGGAGUGUGAGGCACCGCCUGGAGAAGCUGUACCUGCGCGGCUGCAGUGAACUGAGGCGGCUGCCGCCCCAGCUGCCCAUGCUGACUCGCCUGCAAGAGCUCGAAAUCACCGCCUGCCCUCGCCUCGAGUCCCUAGAGCCUCUAGCCACAGCCAGAGCACAGCAAGGAGCAGCGCACCGCACAGCAGCCCUGGGGCCUGGCGUCUCUCACCAGCCUAUCUCUGCGUAA